UUUAAAAACGCUUUAGUGAUGGACGAACACGAUUAUCGUAGUGUAAUUAUCUAUUACGCCCGGGGACGGUAUUACCGUACCAUGCAGCGCGUUGCGCUGGAUGCGAUGUCCACCUACUCGAGUGAUGCUAGCUUCCGGUUCUUCAACGGUCUCGCCCUAGUGCUCGAUGGUGUUCGCAUGCAAGAGGGCAUCCGCGAGUUGAAUCAGUUGCACAAUGAGUACGAUUUCGCAAUGGCCGUGACGCUCUGUCUGAUCUAUGCGCACAAGCGAUGCAUCAUCCUGGACAAGGAAGAGCUGAUGAACCUAGACGCGCGGCUGAAGGACGAACGUUCGCGGCUCAACGGCUAUUCGGCCUACUAUGCCGGUCUGUUUUGGUUCAUGAGCGGCAAACCGGAAAAGGCCAGAGAGUACGCGGAGCGCUCGCUGAAGCUGCUGCCAGACAACGCUGAUGCGCUUGCCCUGAAAGGAUGGUCAGAGGUGCAGCUUGGGAACACUACCAACCAAACGCUCGAGCUAUUCAACAAAGCACUGCGGCAUGGCAAACAUCUGGACGCUAGUCUUGGUCAGGCGCAUUUCCACCAGCUCCGCAACGAUUUCGACACUGCCGUGGCCUUCUUGAAUGGAUUGUCUGUGCGCUUUCCCAGUCUCGUCAUUCCGCUCGUGGAGAAAAUGAAGACACACCUGUCAAACUGGCACUGGGAUAACACGAUCGAAACGGCUAAUCGUGUGCUAGCGUCCGAUGCGGCGAAUAUCGAAGCGCUGAAGGUGAAAAUUUUGGUACUGCUUGUGAAGGAUGGUAACUACUCGGCCGGUGCCGGUGCGCUGCAGUAUUUAUUCAAGUCGAUGGAGAAGCAAGAACCAACCAAUGGUACCCUGUUCGUGAAGCUGGGCCAGCUGUACUCGACGGUUUGCGGGCGUGAUCCUAGAAUACUAACCGAAUCGUUCAAAUUCGUCGAGAAUGCAGUUAAAAUCAAUCCCUCCGAUGCAGAAUUUCUGACAGAGCUCGGCUACCAAGCCAUCUUGCAGCAGCGGUACAGAGAUGCGGUUGGAUACUUUAAGAGCGCCACCAAGGUGAACGAUAGCUCGACGAACACGCUCUGUGGGUUAACGCUCUGCCUCAUGCUGGAGAAUGGUAUCUCCGAACAGGUGGUACAGCAGCUUGAGUUUCUAACAGAGAUACAGGGUCCCGAAGCGAACCCGCUCUUGCUGUUCAUGACGGCAAAGUUGCAUCGCGAUAAUCACGAAAAGGCGAUAGGGCUUUUGACGGCGGCUUCGGAGGCACAUUUCAAAAAUCUGAAAGCCCUGUCGUAUGGCACGGAGUAUAUGCAGUUGUUCAAGCCGGACUUUUUGCUUCAACUAGUCCGUGAGCUGCUCCAGCAUGCACCCAUAGGUGGUAUUAUCUCGGAUGCGAUGAGACACCCGACAGACGGUGUGCAUCCAGUAUAUCUGCAAUGCGGUAAUAUUCUCGAUAUGAUUGUCAAAGCGUGCCCGGGACUGCUAGAGGCAGUCUACCUUAUGGCGAUGGUACAGUACCUGAGCGGCGAGGUAAACACCGCCACGUCCACCCUGAACCACAUACUUUACGAUUUGGAUCCCGCCUGCUCGGAGGCGCACCUGCUUCUCGCCCAAAUCUUCAUCGAGCAAAAGCAGUACCAGCGAGCAGUGCAAACCCUUGAAAUCUGUCUCAGUCAUAGUUUCAAGGUGCGGGAAAACCCCAUGUACCAUCUACUGUACGGAAUUAUACUGAAAAACCAGCAGCAGUUCGAAAAUGCAAUGAACAGCUUUAUGCUGGCGAUGAAUCUGAGCGGUAUCAAUGGAAACAAGCCGGUGGACGGUGCUAGUGCUAAGCAGCAGCCUGCUUUAUCGCCCAACUCAAACCAGCUCAGUCUAGGCGAUCGUUUAACGUUGUACUUGGAAGUAAUUGGGACGCAUCAGCAAUUGAAUCAGAGCUCGGAAGCAUUUAAGCUGCUUGAGGUAGUAUCAUCCGAGUUCGGUGAAACGACCGAAGAGGGUCGACUUACGAUCGCUAUGGCUGAUCUGUACCUGCAGCAGGGUAACCACGCGAGGGCGAUCGAGCUGCUGAAAAACAUUCCGCUGAACGUGCCGUACUAUGUGCAGGCAAAGACCAAGAUGGCUUACAUAUAUCUCAAUCAUCGUAAGGACCGACUCAUGUAUGCGCAAUGCUUUCGUGAGCUCGUCGCCAACUGUCCUGGAGCGUCGAGCUAUUUACUGCUUGGCGACGCAUGCAUGUCGAUACAGGAACCGGACGAUGCAAUCGAGGCGUAUCGAGAAGCUUUACGGCAAAACCCGUGUGAUCCGCUGAUAGCCAGCAAGCUUGGUCGUGCCUACGUACGAACGCAUCAGUACAACAAAGCGAUUGCCUAUUAUCAAGAAGCCAUCGAAAGCCCAGAAAAUUACCCUUUAAGACUGGAUCUAGCUGAACUGUUUCUUAAGCUGAAGAAAUACCAAAACGCCGAAGAGGUGCUCUCUGAAGAAGGCA